GAACCACUGGUAUAUAUUGUAACUAUAUUUUUCUAAAUUCAAACACGGAGCUCUGAUUUGCAAUAGGCCUAUUACAUUAUACAAAUUAAGAAUUGGAUUUAAAUAAAAAAACUGAGAAAACAAAAUUGAUUAGGUAUCCACAUGAUAUUUUACGAACGUGAUUCUGUGGCAGAAAAGGUUAAACAAAGCAUAUGACUAUGUUAAUACAUGUAAGUUGUUGAAGCUGAAAGAAGUAGACUGUAAAGAUACUUUUAGAAGUGGUUAUUGGUAAACUUAGAUAUGACAGAAAUCAACAAAGAUGGCGUGGAGAACCGUACCGUGCUGAUGCCUUCGGAGGCUACAAAGGCAAGGAAUGUGCCCAAGGAGAAAAUCUACGAACUGGUGUUCAGAUUGUUUGGCAUGACUGUUCUCAGUAGCAGAAAAGUAGACUCAUGGGAUGACCAGAACUUCUACAUCACAUGCAAAGAUACAGAUAAUACAAUUCAAAUCAGCCCUCAUGGUUAUACACUAAAAAUUGUCAAUGCCGUGGACUCAAAAGUACCCGCGUUUAUUGAUGCACAGCAUGCAAUGGCUAAACGUAUAAGCGAGUCGGGUUUGACAUGUCCUGUACCAGUGAAGAACCUAAAGUCGUCUUAUAAAUCUCUAGAGGAACUGUCAACAGAGAAUGGCAAUGUCGAGUUGCGACUCGUUCACAUGGUGACAUUCAUUCCUGGGGAAGUUUUGGCAGAUAUACCGUUGACGCCAUCUAUUGUCAGACAUUUAGGGGGAUACAUGACUAAACUAAGGGGAGCAUUGCAGGGCUUCUACCAUGCUGGGUAUGAGGACCAUCAGACCAUAUAUAACAUUGAAUGCACCCCCAAACUAAUGGAGUUCAUGGAAAGUGUGACAGGAUGCGAGAAGAAAGAACUCUAUACUGAAGUCAUCAGAGCCUAUGAAUCAGAGAUAGUGCCUAAGUACGACAGUUUGACCAAAGGAGUUAUUCACGGUGAUAUAACUGCGAAGAAUAUCAUUAUGAAUAAAAACAGCCCCGAUUGCAACGUUGCGGCUGUAAUCGACUUUGGUGACUCGGUGAAUUCUGUUCACGUGUUUGAUUUGGCAGUUGCCAUAGCAGCGUUUAUCUAUGAAUCAAAGUUAGAUGUUUUGGAAAUUCUAGAAAAUGUCCUUUCACCGUACACCAAAGUUUUCCCACUAACAGCGGAGGAAUCGUCCGUGCUAAAGGUGGCCAUUGCAGCUCGCUUGACAAUAAUUGGAGUGAUGGUGGAAUACAUGUACUCGCUUAAAAAAGAAGCAUAUUUUCUGGAAGAGGGUAAAAAUGCAUACAAACGAUUGAAGGAGUUUUGGGAAAUUCCAGUUGAUGAAAUAAAUAAAACCUACAUGCAGUAAUAAAAUACAUCUAAUCAUAGUUCA